AUGAACCGCGACAAUGGUGGCAAACCUGCCAUUAGGGUGAGGCGGCAUAGUCGUUGGGCCAGAUGGGAGAAGGCUGCGAGCAAGGCGUUCGACGAGUGGUGGCAGGCGUGGAUUUUGGAACGAUUACUGCGACAAUAUCCGCUUCCACCAAGCCGCGAUGGUCGACACAUACCCCUAGCCGUUGGCGGGCAUAGGUCAGUCCCUCUGACGGAUGAACGAACGGGCAACAAGCCCUAUAUCUCCAACUUUAUCCGCUCGAGCCGUUACUCCCUAUGGAGCUUUCUGCCCAAGCAGCUAUAUUUCCAAUUUAGCAAACUUGGAAACUUUUACUUUCUAGUAGUGGGUAUCUUGCAGUUGGUACCCGGUCUAAGUACAACCGGAAAGUAUACUACUAUUGUGCCACUGAUGGUCUUCGUAGCUAUCAGUAUGGCUAAAGAGGGAUAUGAUGACUAUCGUAGGUAUCAGUUAGACAAGACCGAGAACCGAAGUCAAGUCUGGGUGAUGGAAGCUGCAAGAAGGACUAGGACGCCUACCCACAGGUAUCAGCUGUCUAUCCCACGGAAAGGCAAACACCGAGAAAGUUCCGGCAGGGAGAUGGCUAUGACUAAGCUUCAAGACACAACGUCGAUACACCAGCCAGAGUUGUGGACAAAGAUUCAGUGGCAGCAUCUGAGUGUUGGUGACAUUAUCCGCCUCGAGAGGGACGACAACAUACCAGCCGACAUCAUUCUCCUGAGCGCGACCGGUCCAAAUGGUAUCGCUUACAUCGAAACUGUGGCCCUGGAUGGCGAAACGAAUCUCAAGAGUAAACAGGCUUGCUCAUUAUUAGCCAAACAGUGCGACACAUUAGGUCACUUAAGGGCAUGCGAUGCUGUGGUAGUAUCCGAGGAUCCGAAUAUUGAUCUGUACAAUUACGAAGGACGUUCUACGGUUGGCGACGAAACUAUACCUCUCACCAUGAACGACGUUGUAUAUAGAGGUUCCACUCUGCGAAACACUACCAGUGCUGUAGGCCUUGUUGUAAAUACUGGUGAGGAGUGUAAAAUACGCAUGAAUGCCCACAAGAACGUGCACACCAAAGCACCAGCUAUGCAAACUAUUGUCAACCGCAUUGUGCUUAUACUCAUCUUCUUCGUUUUAUUACUCAGUCUCGGCUUAACUAUCGGCUACGAGAUCUGGGAGGAAAACGAUCAACCAUGGGUUUGGUACUUGAACAACACCACGAUAUCGACUGGCGUGAUCGUCAUUGGUUUUAUCAUCAUGUUCAACACCCUUAUCCCACUGUCCCUGUACGUCAGUCUUGAGAUUAUCAAGGUUGGGCAGUUCAUUCUACUGCAAGAUGUAGAGAUGUACGAUGCCGAGACCGACACGCCCAUGGUAGCCAACACCACAACCAUAUUGGAAAAUCUCGGGCAGGUUAGCUACGUCUUCUCCGACAAGACGGGUACUCUGACCGAGAACAAAAUGCGGUUCCGGAAACUCAGUGUCGCUGGAACCGCCUGGCACCAUGCCAUGGAGGCCAAGAAGGACCCGAAGGAAUCCCAGCAAGAUGACGGCAAAGGCAAGCAGAUUAGUCGAAGUCCUGCCAUGAAGUCAGAUAUCGAGAACCUCGAUCGUGCUGAAAAACGCGAACCGGACACCGAAAAACUUCUUUCCUAUAUACACCAAAAUCCUAACACGACAUUCUCCAAAAAGGCCAAGCACUUCCUCCUCUGCAUCGCACUCUGCCACACUUGUUUACCGGAAAUUAAGGAAAAUGGUGGCAUCGAGUUUCAAGCGGCAUCGCCUGACGAGCUUGCCCUAGUCCAGGCCGCCCGAGACCUGGGAUACUUUCUUUUUGACCGUCCGACUCGGUCCAUCGUCCUUCGCGUCCAAACCUCGCAAGGCCAUACAGUCGACGAGACCUAUCAAGUUCUCGACGUCAUCGAAUUCAGCAGCAAACGGAAGCGGAUGUCUAUUGGCGUUCGCAUGCCUGAUGGGAAAAUAUGCGUCAUCUGCAAAGGAGCCGACAGUGCCAUCCUGCCACGACUGAAGAAUUCGCAGCUUGCCCUCCAAAAAGCAUCUGAAGUUGGACGUAGAGCGUCCAUGAAGAAGAGUAUGGAGGCGAAGAGGGUGUUGAUACGUCGCAGUACGCAUGCGUCCACUCCGCGGCAGAGCAUGACUGCUCCUCGCGCCCCAUCGGCGACUUUCAGCAGACGCCAUAGUGGACUCUACAUGGAGGCCAUGAGGAAGUCGCACGAUAUCAGUAUGCGUUCUGGGUCCGGGGUCCCAGACGAGGUUCGUGCUUGGCUAAGGCGCCACCAUAGCGAACGCUACGACACCCUGGGUGAGGACGAAGCGCCCAGAAUGUCUGUCGAAUCCACGGUGAUAUCCCCUAUUUCGAUGGAUGGCCCCGAGAUCUCUUCCAGUGCGCUUGAAUCAAUAUCGGCAAAUGAAGGUAACAUCUUUGAGCGCUGCUUCCAGCAUAUUGAUGACUUCGCGUCAGAAGGUCUGCGUAUAUUGCUCUAUGGAUACCGAUACAUCGAAGAAGCCGAGUACUCGUCAUGGAAAAAUGUGUACCACGACGCAACUACAAGCUUAGUAGACCGACAGGAGCGAAUCGAAGCUGCGGGGGAGAUGAUCGAGCAGGAGUUCGAACUAGCUGGCGCUACAGCCAUUGAGGACAAGUUACAGGCUGGAGUUCCGGACACCAUCGACAAGUUGCGGCGGGCCAACAUCAAAGUGUGGAUGUUGACCGGCGACAAGCGCGAAACUGCCAUUAACAUUGCGCAUUCCGCCCGGAUCUGCAAGCCGUUCUCCGAAGUAUACAUCCUGGACGCCACCGUGGACGAAGAUCUGCAGGAAAGAAUGACCGCAAUCUACGUGGACGUCGGGCGUGGGACCAUCGCUCACUCCGUGGUAGUGGUCGACGGCCACACGCUGGGCCUAAUCGAGAAGGAUGAGCCAUUGAAGCUCUUGUUCUUUGAACUCGUGAUCCGCAUUGAUGCCGUCAUUUGCUGUCGCGCUUCGCCAUCGCAAAAGGCAAUGCUGGUGAAAUCGAUUCGUGAUACGGAUCCUUCCUCGCUUACGCUUGCUAUCGGCGAUGGGGCGAACGACGUUCCCAUGAUUCAAGCGUCGCAUGUCGGUAUUGGUAUUUCGGGACGGGAAGGGCUUCAGGCGGCGCGUAUCUCGGAUUAUUCGAUUGCGCAGUUUCGAUUUCUCCAGCGGUUGUUGUUUGUGCAUGGGCGCUGGAAUUAUAUGCGUACCGGAAAGUAUAUCUUGGGAACUUUCUGGAAGGAGAUCAUAUUUUACCUCACGCAGGCUCAGUACCAACGAUCAAACGGCUAUACCGGGACCUCUCUACAUGAGAACUGGAGCUUGACAGUUUUCAAUGCACUCUUCACAUCACUGACCGUCAUUAUUCCUGGCAUAUUCGAUAAAGACCUACGUGCCUCGACCCUGCUUGCUGUUCCGGAGCUGUACACGUACGGUCAACGCAAUCAGGGCUUCAACUUCAAGAAAUACCUGGCUUGGGUGUUCAUGGCCUGCAUCGAGACCGUCAUCAUCUACAUGGUGGUCUGGGCGAUUUACGACGAUAUCCUCUUCACCAGCGACAAUUCUCUUUUCGCCAUGGGUCAGCUCGUCUUCACCAUCUGUGUCGUCUUUAUCAACAUCAAGAUGCUCGUGCUCGAGACACACGACAGAACCUGGGUAUCGCUGUUCGGCUUCCUAGUCAUGGUUGGUUUAUAUUUUAUGUGGAAUCUGUUCAUAUCGGGAUCAAAUUGGAUCUCGCCCACUCCUAGCCCCUAUCCAGUUAAUGGCGCAUUUGUCCACAACUUUGGUGCCCAGCUCCUCUGGUGGGUGACAUGCCUCCUCGGGCUGGCGGCUGUGACCGUGUUUGAGCUUUGUGUCACUGCUUUGCGAAGGAUAUACUUCCCCACAGAUCAGGAUCUUUGGCAGGAGAUGGAGCAGACGGGUACGGUAGGCGAUGCGAACCACCCAAGUGAUACCAAUGCAGAUAGCGCCAACGAAGCGAUAUGA